AUGGCCCGGUGGGAAAAAACAAAGGUCAAGAUCGUGUACCACAUCGGCGACGGUGAGGAUAUCGAGAUGCUGCUGACGCAGGACAGUUACAACGCCUGGAGGACGCUGCCAUUUAAAAACAAUGGCGAUGUCAUGGCCCACGCCGUUGAGACCUACCUGAACAUGAUGAAAGAACUGGGGGCAAAGCCGUCACUCGGUCUUACAGCGCAAUGCGUGUUUCAAGGCUUAUCGGUGGAGCAGUUCAGGCAGGCCGCAGCAAGCGGCGGCAACGUGCUAGGGCUCGAGGAUCGUAGCGAAAAUCUUGUCUUGUUUCUCAGUAUGGUUGCAUAUAAAGACCCAAAGCUCAAAAAGCUAGUCAACGCCAAAAUGACUACCUGGGUGGACACCAUCAAAACGUUUUCGGUCGAGAAUGGAGCUGACGACGAGUAUCUUUUUCUCAACUACGCCGACCUUAGCCAGAACCCUCUGGGCAGCUAUGGAGAGAAAAACCUUGCGUUUAUUGAGGAGGUUGCGUUCAAAUACGACCCGAACGAAGCAUUUCAACGAACCGUGCCAGGUGGGUUCAAGUUAUCAAAUGCUCGAACAACUGCAUGUUUGAAGGUGGACGGGCGAUAA